AUCCAUUGACAACAAUAUAUUCUUGUCAGAAGCCACAACCCAACAGCUGCGCCAAAAGUCCAACCUGAAAAAUUUGACAAAACCCAUAUUCUCUGUACAUCCAAAGCCGUCGAGCAUGGCGAGCAACAUAGAGGGUUUCAGCUUCGAGCAGUGGCACGGGAAAGAGCGCGUGAGGGUGGGGAGGGUCUGGAAGAACAGAGCUGGCCGCCAUUUCUUUGUGGAGUGGAACGUCAGCAUCAGCCUCCUCUCCGAUUGCGCCGCUGCCUACGUACGCGACGACAACUCUGACAUCGUCGCCACUGACACAAUGAAGAAUACCGUAUAUGUGAAAGCAAAGGAAUGCUCAGAACAACUCUCAAUGGAGGACUUUGCAAUUUUACUUGCUAAGCACUUCACAUCAUUUUACCACCAGGUUACUAGUGCCACAGUAAAGAUAGUGGAAAAGCCUUGGGAGCGUGUAUAUAUAGAUGGUCAACUGCAUGAACAUGGUUUUAAACUUGGAUCUGAGAAGCAUACUACAGAAGCAAUAGUGAAGAAGUCUGGUGCAUUACAGUUGACUUCUGGUAUUGCUGGGUUGGCUUUGCUCAAGACAACUAAGUCAGGUUUUGAGGGGUUUAUAAGGGACCAAUACACAGCUCUUCCUGAAACACGAGAGAGGCUGCUGGCGACAGAGAUCACAGCAUCAUGGAGGUAUUCAUAUGAAUCUCUAUCUAGCAUCCCUCAGAAGCCAUAUUACUUUACAGAGAGGUACCUAGAUGUGAAAAAGGUUCUGGUUGACACUUUCUAUGGUCCUCCAAAAGAGGGAGUAUACAGCCCAUCCGUUCAGAAUACUCUUUAUCUCAUGGCAAAAAGUGUACUCAACAGGUUUCUUGACAUAUCAUCGGUCCAAUUGAAGAUGCCAAAUAUCCAUUUCCUACCUGUUAAUCUAAAAAACAAGGAUAAUGAAACUAUUGUUAAGUUUGCUGAUGAUGUAUAUUUACCAACGGACGAACCACAUGGAUCAAUUCAAGCUAGCUUGACUCGCUCCUUGUCAAAGAUGUAGAAGUUGCUGGUUCUUUGAGCUGUUGCACUCUCAAACUAAUGAAUGAAAAUUUCAAGGUUUUUCUAAUGUUGGAGACAUGGCAUGUAUCAUGUAUGUAUGAUAAGUAAUAAUAAUAAUAAAAAAAAUUGUGCUCUUGAACCAAGGUAAAUAAAUGUAGGCUCAUGUUUUGAGUCGAAGAAUCAGUGAGUUAAGUUCCUGUGUUGCAAAUCACUUGGCUCUAUUUGUUAAUGCAUUUUAGGGGAUAUUUUGUGUUUGGUUUGAAAAGUGUUAUGAUGUGACACAAAUGUGAAAAUUAUUUGUGUUUUUAA